AUGAGUUCUUUAUCCAAGAAAAAUACAUCAAAUUAUAGAAGUGAUUGCGAUAAUGAUUGCAAUAAUGAUAACGACCACAACAAUGACUGUGGUAAUAACUGCGAUAAUGAUUACUACAAUAAUGACUCCAAUAAUGAUCAUAAUGAUGACCACAGUAGUGAACAUAACCAAAAUGUUAGUAUAUCUCGUAAGCGAAAUAAAGAAA